CCAAUAUUUUUUGUUAUUUCUUGUUAUUUAAUAUUAUUAUUGUUAUGUUGAUAUUUGAUAAACGAACAACGAAUAUUUCGUGUAGAGCGUAAUUAUUGUAAAUUUGAGAAUAGGUACUAGAAUUUAUUGUCAAUGGCGAUGAUUGGCUAUGACACACGAAUAGAAUUUCAGUAUUUUAAAUAAGUAUUUUGUUUUAUUAUUCAACAUUUUGGUUGAUACUAACAUGUAUUUACGAUUUGUAUUUUUAUUAAGUCGAUAUCAUUGAAAAUUACUUAUAAUUUACAUUAAUGUUUUAGGUCUGAAAAGUGUUUGCAUUUAUACUAAAACACAUAUAUCAUACAUCACCUUUAAUGUCAUCUUAUACAUUUAAAUCAGAAUAAAUAAUAUUCCAUUACAACGCCAGAUUUUUAAGAUUGUUUAGUGUUUGGUUAAAAUUGUUUUACAAACCUUGUGGCAACUUUGUAUUCAAGAGGACAUUCAAUCCAAAAACUGUUUUCAAGAUGUUUCCAAUGGAAGAAUCAGAUGAAGUAUUUGAUGCUGUAAUCCGUUAUGGUUUAUACUUAGUUGCUAUAUUUCAAUUAGUAUGCAUAACAACUGUAUUUUUACUGACAGACCAAUCUAAUGACUCAAAAGAUAAUGGCGAUGGCAGUGAAUAUGACUCUGAUGGUAGUACAUUUGCAUCACCUAGACGUCCAUAUUCUCAUCAUAGAUCAAGAAAACAAGACAAGAAGAAAAGACGAUGAGUUCAAAUAAUUUAUUCUUGUAAUAUUGUUCCUUUUUUUAAAGUUUAAUUCUUUAUUAUAGUAAUCUUUAUAGGUUUUUUUUUAUAUACACAACCUUAAACUUUUAAAUCUCAUUUAUGUAUUUAACUAAAAUUAUGUAUUAUUUUUAUAUUGUUUAAUUAUACGACUUUGUAAACAUAUUGUACUCUUAGAA